CGAAUGGCCUUCUUUUCUCCUUCACUUCGACCUUCUACUCUAUUAAUAGCGACCCAGAGCCUGCAUCCUCUGCACCACGCCAUUCGAUUCGACCCUUUUCCUCUUAUCACCAUUUAUCUCUACACAUUUCAUCUUCUUCCCUUGUUGUACCUAGUUCAACCGUCGAUUUCUGCCCUUUUUUGCUGAUAAAAACACCCAAAUUCCCAAUUCCAUUUUGUGGGUUUCCUCUACCUUCUUUUCUUCAUUUCUAGAUUUUCUUCUUUUCGUUUUUUGGGAUUUUUUUGGUGUUUUCCCUUCAGAUUUAGGGUUUGAAUUACUGGGUUGUUCUUGAUUUCUUGUUGUCUUUAUUGGAAUGGGGAGCGCAGGGGAAACCACUUAUGGGUCGUACACUUAUCAGGAGCUUGAAAGAGAGGCUUAUUGGCCAUCGGAGAAACUGAGAAUCUCCAUCACUGGAGCUGGUGGGUUUAUUGCUUCUCACAUUGCCAGGCGUUUGAAGAGCGAAGGGCACUACAUCAUUGCUUCUGACUGGAAGAAGAAUGAACACAUGACAGAGGAUAUGUUUUGCCAUGAAUUUCAUCUUGUUGAUCUCAGAGUGAUGGAUAAUUGUAUGAAGGUGACUGAGAAUGUUGACCAUGUCUUCAAUCUGGCUGCUGAUAUGGGUGGUAUGGGCUUCAUCCAGUCCAACCACUCAGUUAUUAUGUAUAACAACACCAUGAUCAGCUUCAAUAUGCUUGAAGCUGCAAGAAUCAAUGGGGUUAAGAGGUUUUUCUAUGCUUCUAGUGCUUGCAUCUAUCCUGAAUUUAAGCAAUUGGAAACUAACGUGAGCUUGAAGGAGUCAGAUGCCUGGCCUGCUGAGCCUCAAGAUGCCUACGGUCUGGAGAAGCUUGCUACAGAGGAGUUGUGCAAACAUUAUACUAAGGAUUUUGGUAUUGAGUGCCGAAUUGGGAGGUUCCAUAACAUUUAUGGCCCAUUUGGAACAUGGAAAGGUGGAAGGGAAAAGGCUCCUGCUGCAUUUUGCAGAAAGGCCCUCACUUCUGUAGACAAGUUUGAGAUGUGGGGAGAUGGUCUUCAGACAAGAUCUUUCACUUUCAUUGAUGAAUGUGUAGAAGGUGUCCUGAGAUUGACUAAGUCAGACUUCCGUGAGCCAGUGAAUAUUGGAAGCGAUGAGAUGGUUAGCAUGAAUGAAAUGGCAGAAAUCGUGCUUAGCUUCGACGACAAAAAACUUCCAAUUCAUCACAUCCCUGGUCCCGAGGGUGUCCGUGGUCGUAACUCAGACAACACACUCAUUAAAGAGAAACUUGGGUGGGCUCCCACGAUGAAGUUGAAGGAUGGAUUGAGAAUUACCUACAUGUGGAUCAAGGAGCAGAUUGAAAAAGAGAAGUCUAAAGGCAUUGACCUGACAGUUUAUGGAUCAUCAAAGGUUGUUGGUACCCAAGCUCCGGUUCAACUCGGGUCACUCCGUGCCGCUGAUGGUAAAGAGUAAUUAGUUAGUUAGUUCCAGAUAAUCUAUUCGGCCUGCAUCGGACGACCCGAGCUAUAUAGUAAAUGUUAUCAAAAGUUGUUAUUUACCCCUCCCCACCUCCUUUCUGUAGUAUUAUGAUGCUUACUGGAUGCCCUAAAUAUGCCUUUCUAUUCUAUUCAAUUUUAUCACUGCCCUUUCCUCCCCCAUCCUAAUGAUCCUUUAAGUAGGAAAUAUUAUAGUUCUCUCUUUCACCAAGUGGACUAUAAUAGUUCACAUGUUUUGAACUCCUUGUCUACCGUGUAUUAUUAUUUCAAAUUUUUUUUAGUUACCGUAUUGUUUA